CGUGAUUGGUUCUAAAUAAAAGCGGUUGAUAGUUGCGGGCCGAUGAAAUCAGAAAUGAUUUGGAUCACGUUUUGUGAAUAAAAUCUGUCAAAAAAUGAUACGUAUAGUUACUAGUAAAAUAAUAUGUUAAAAUACGAAAGCAAAUAUAAUAUUAUUAAUCAUCGAUCAUGUUGUCAAAGCUGCUCCGACAAUUGCUGUACUUUCUCGUACAUUUGGUAGUGCAGAUACUUGUUGCUGUUCAGAAUGUAUCUCGCCGAUUAUGUGUUAAAAAUUGUAAAAUUUCCAAGGAACAGGUGACAAAAAGGGAUGUUUUAAUGUUAUUGGAAAAUGUGCCAAAAAUGAAAAACAGAUUAAAACAUUUAGUAGUGUUGGCAGAUAGCAAUGUUCACACCAUCAGUGAGUUAGCUCAGCUGGUCAUUUGGAACCUAGUGGCUGGAGUACCCUUUGUAAGCUUCUAUGAUGUAACAGGCUCCUUGAAGAAACUAGAGGAAGAGCUAUUUUAUGAAAUAGAGAGAAACAAGAAAGGCAUUCCAGGCUGCAUCAAAUGGUCUAAUAAACCAGAUUUAAAUGGUUAUACCAAUGGUUUACAAGCAAAUACUGUUUUCGUAAAUAUAUUUUCAUACAGUGAUGGAAAACCUAGAAUAGCUAAGUGCAUUAAACUUAUCGCCAAAGGGGACUUACAAUGUGAUAGAAAGUCUAAAGAGUUUACCGCACAAGAGUUUGGUGAAGCUAUUAUGAAAUUAAAUCCUGCUAUCCCAGAUCCAGAUUUGGUCAUAUAUACAGGACCAUUGUGUUGUACCUUCGGUCUUUUGCCAUGGCAAAUUAGACUGACUGAAUUUAUUCAGGUUGAUGUACAUCAUAAUAUUAAUAUAAACUGUUAUCUAGGUGCUCUUUAUAAAUAUAAUAAAUGUGAUCAGAGGUUUGGUAAAUAAUUAUUCUUAAUAUUAGGCUAAGUCAUAGAAAAAAUUAAAUUGUGAUCAUCUGUUAGAUUCAUGAGAUGUAAAAUUUUAUUAAGAAAAUGAGCUUCUGAUUUUCAAAUAUUGGUGUUACUUCAAUAAUGUUGUAUACAUAUAAACUUAAUGUUCUUUCUUUAGUUUAUAUAUUAUUUAAAUAUUUGCAGUUCAACCACUCAUGUUUAUAAUCUAUUUAUUGAAUAAUCUAAGAAUACUUGUAGAUAUAUUUUUAAAAAUG